GUGGGCGUGGCGUAGAAAGGGUGUUGCGGCUGAAAGUCACGUGCUACCUGUCCUGUCUCACGACACGCAACUCGUUGUUGGUUCCUCGGAGCGGGAGUGCCACACGUAUCUUACAAAACGGCUACUGUCUCAGCUGUUACUUGACUGGUGAGCCUGCCUGGUGAGUUGACAUGCUGGGUAGACGAAACAAGAAACCCCCCCAUUCCAAGGGGCAGGGCGCUGAAGCUGCCAAAAAGAUGGGGUUGUUUAUGGACUUCAACGCAGACGACUUAAUGAUGGAUUUAAAUGAUGCUGAUGAUGAAGAUUUGCAUGCUGAAUUAGCUGCUAUCACAGGGAAAAAAUCUGCAGAGAAUGGAAAGGCUCAACCAAAAGGCAAAACACCAUUACCAAUGGAAUACAUUCAACAGAUGGCUGAGAACUGUAUGAAAGAUGUUGAUAGUGAAGAAGAAGGCAGUGAUGAUUUGGAAAAUGAUGAGGAUUUAAUGGCAGAGUUACAGGAUAUGGUGGGAGAAGGGCACGAAAUGGAUGAAAGAAAAGAAACUACAGAGUCGCAAACCACCACAGAAUCUACCCCCAACCAUAAUACAACUGAAGCCAUAAAGCCACAGGCAUUUGAAGGUUUAUCUGCUUGUAGCAGUCAACAGCACACCAUUGAGAGCAGAAUAAUUAUGUAUAAAACUGCUGUCAGCAAUGCCAAGAUAACAGGAGAAACUUCUAAAGUACGACGCUAUGAAAGAGGACUAAAAACACUAGAAAACUUACUGACUUCUGUAAAGAAAGGAAAACAAAUUAAUGAAGAAGAAAUACCCCCUGCAGUGGCAACAGGAAAUAUAUCCAGUGAUAUUCUUGCCACCCCACAACCUGCAAAAGAGGACAACCGAGAGAUGACACCACUUGGUUCAGGAGAAAAUAAUUUGGAAACGGAAGAGCAUGAAAAAAUGGAUGACCCUGAGAAGUUUAGAACAAUUUCUGAUUCUCCACUAAAGACAGACAAAUCAUUCAGUCCAAUGGAAAUUACAUUACCUGUGAAAAAUAUAGCUGGAGAAUCUGCAGAAGGUAGUAAUGGUGUGAAAGAGCUAUUGGUGUCUAGGCAGAAAGAAUAUAAAAUUGCCGCCUUAAAGGCCAAAAAGGAAGGAGACCUAGAAAAAGCCAAAGAAUUCAUGAAGAUAGGAAAGAAAUUUGACACUGUAAUAACAGCUAUGGAGAGUGGGCAUCAUGUUGAUCUCAGUAAUAUACCUCCACAUCCAGAAGCACUUCCUAUUAAAGCAACAGAAUCGCCUGUAAAACAAGUAAACAGUGGUGUCGUAGAAGAAAUUCAAGCUGUGGAAAGCACGUUUAAAAAGACAGACAUAACUCCACAGCCUAAAGAUAUUUUGGAUGCAUUACAACAAAGAAUGGAUAAAUACAGAGAAGCAUCUGCUCAGGCCAAAGCCAGUGGAAAUGAUCGCAAAGCAAGGAUGCACGAAAGGAUUGUCAAACAAUAUCAAGAUGCAAUUCGGUUGCACAAAGCAGGGAAAGCUGUCAACUUUGCAGAGCUACCUAAUCCACCUGGUUUUCCUCCAAUCCCUGGUAUGGAAGCGGAAGGUACUGAGCAGGGAAUUACAGCUGUGUUGGAAGCUGCAAACAGACUGGUCAAUGAUGAAGAGAAAGAUGAUGAAGACAUAGAGGAAGAAAAGAGGAAACAAACAGCAGUUAUGCCACAAAAGCCAAAGAAGCCCAUGUUAGCUGUACCAUCAGAAGGGCAGUUGGAGAAGCAACCGUCUCCUCAGCAGCCCAGGAAGCCUUCCUCCUCUCCUUUACAACAGAAAAAGUAUAAUGAUGAGAACCUGCCCCAUACAGUUAAGGAACAACUAGAAUUCCUAGAAAACUAUAAGAAAAAGUACAUGAAGGCUGCACUACAAGCAAAACAAAGAAAUGACUUGGAGAAAGCUAAGAAUUUGCUUCGAACUGCCAAAGGAAUUGAUCCCAUGUUGGAGGCACUUAAGGCUGGAAAAUCUGUUGAUAUAUCCAAGCUUCCCUCUCCAGUAGAAGAAGACGAAGAUAGUUUUAUCAUUGUGAGCCACAGUGAUGUACAGAAGUCUGAAAAGUCAGAAGAAAUAUAUACACAGCUAUUAAAGAUGCUAAAAGAGCAAUAUGAGAAAUGUGUAUCAUACUCAAAACAGUUCACUCACAUUGGCAAUAUAGCAGAAACUACAAAGUUUGAAAAAAUGGCAGAAGGAUGUAAAACAAGCCUUGGAAUCUUAAAAUUGGCUCAAGCUCAAGGUCUGGAGCCUCCCAAACAUCACUUUGAGGAAAGAACCUAUCAAAUAGUUAGAAUAUUUCCAGAGCUUAGCAGCACAGAUAUGCAACUUCUUCUUGUUAAAGGAAUUAAUCUGCCAGCCCCACAUGGUGUAGCACCAAAUGAUCUUGAUUCCUUUGUAAAGUUUGAAUUUCCAUAUCCUAGUGGGGAUCAAGCACAGAAAAACAAGACACACGUUAUCAGAAAUACAAAUUUUCCAGAGUACAACCAGCGAUUUAUCCUGAAUAUCAACCGCAACCACCGGGGAUUUAAAAGAGUAAUUCAGUCUAAAAGCAUCAAGUUUGAAGUGUUUCAUAAAGGGGGUUUCUUGAGAAGCGAUAAACUGGUAGGAACUGCACAUGUAAAACUGGAUAAACUGGAAACAAAUUGUGAAGUCCGGGAAAUCAUUGAGCUGUGUGAUGGGAGGAAGCCCACUGGCGGCCGUCUGGAAGUUCGUGUGCAGCUCAGAGAGCCACUCAGCGGCCAGGACCUGCAGACGGUGACAGAGAGGUUUCUGGUCCUGGAUCAACCUAGCGUAAACACAUAGAACACAUUCCAUUAACAUCUGAGGCUUGAACUAAAUAUACGCUACUUACUGGUACACAUUCAAAUGAAUACCACACGACAGGGGCAAUAAAAUGCUUUUUUGUUUGUUUGUUUAUCAGGUUGUAGCCAAAGAGUCAUGGUGGUGAAAAUCUGCUCUGUACCCAUCAUAAGACUUCUCCAGCUUGAAUGUUUCAGUGCAGAUUUUGGAGCAAACCUAUGUAUGUUGUAAUUAAAAAGUAAUCCUUGUAUAGAAAGUAAUUUCAGUGCAUCUCAUCGGCCUGGUGACGACGACAGGCAGUCUGAAGCAUGUGGGCUGUUUUCUAUAGAUAGUGAGGCGGCUUGUGGGCUCUUUAGAUGGAUGCCUAGCCAGCGGUGCGCACGAUUGGUAGUAAUUAGAUACAAACUAAUACGGUCAAAAACGACACAUUCUAGAGAAACAGUCUUGUUGUUUUUACAUUUAAUGUGGGUACAUUUUAUUUUGGAAUUCUGUGAAAAGGGUACUGAAUAUAUAUAUAUAUAUAAAUGUGAAUAAUAUAUUUGAAGGGUCUAGCUUACCAUGGUAUUUUCUAAAACAAUGUAAAUGAGCAAGGACAAUAUUCUGUACAUACUAAAUGCCUCAUAUUUGAAAGAAAAAAAAAAGAUGGAAUGUUUAAUGUAAACCAGGUCUUACUGUAAAGUAGUGACCCUUACUUUUUCUGUGCCAUCAGUGGACGUCAGUCCAGCUCAGUUGUUGUUUGCCUUGUAUCAGGUCUAGUGCCUUACACCUUCUAGCCAGUAGAAAACUGAAAAUCUUAGGCCAAUGCCAGUACUUUGUAAACUGCGUUGUGGUCCUGCCCUCAUGUCUCCCAACAAACACAUUCACCGAUGCAGCACGUUAUUUUCAAAAUGUGCUUUUUAUGUUAAAAAGGUGCCUCAGUAGGUGCGUCUCCAAGUGUGCCCUGUGACAGACUCCCUGCCUAAUUUGGCAGUGUUACGUACAACAAGGCCCACUGAGUAAAUUUAGAGUUGCCACUCAGUCUGCAGUGAAUGUGGGAGCAGACUUGGCUGGACAUUGAACGCAGGUCCCGGAGAUUUGAGGAAGGCCAGGUUCAAUAUAAAAUAUGUUUGAAGCCACAAGGCGGCUUUUUAUAUGUUUAAUAAUCAGUGAGCUUCCGUCAAAACAAAGAAAAAGAAGCCUCCAGAGGCCGUUUUAAGCACCAUCAUAGAACUGCUUAGGUGCUUUGUCUGGGGAUGAGGCAGAAACAAAAUAUCCAGGCGACUACUGUGUCUGGGAAGGAAUUCUAAAGGCCAAUAUUGCCAUUGCCAAGUGAAAUAAUUAGUUGCCAGAUUUUAUGAGCAUAGAUUUAUAUUGCUUGUAUACUGUUCACUGACACAUUGAGCACUUUUAAUGUAGUUUAAUGCCUAAAAGUAAUUUUAGGCCAUGUGUCACUUUAAGGAGGGGAAAUGUCACUAAAGCAAACUACAGCACUCUGUAUACAUCUUACAGGGGACUAUUUGAUGGUUUUAAAGUAAUAAAAAAAAUUUUUAAAUUAAAUAUAUCUUUACAUUUCAAGAGAUAUAUCCAAUUCUUUCCAAAUAGUAAUUCUUAAUAUUUUCCUUACACCAACAUUUAUUAACCUUUAUGGUAUUUCAGGGCUAAAUUGUAAAAAAUGAGCAGAUGAUAGGCCGUCCUUUUACAUCAACACGGCUCUGCCGCUGCCAUUUUAUGCUUUGGUGAUGUUUGUUAUAUUUAUUAAACCUUUGUGGCUUCCAGAAACAAAUAUAAACCAAUAUGUUUGGAUAAAUAACAAUAAAAUAGUGAUAUGAAUGU